AUGCCUGACACAGACCAACUUACAAAACUACCUGCAGAGCAAAAACAAUCAUAUGACCUGCUGAUGAAGGCAAAUCAAAUACAAACAGAGGAAAUCAAAAAGGAAAUCAAUAAUACCACGAAAACACUACAAACAGCAUCAAACAGAGCAAACAAAGAAAUAGACUACUUAAAGAAAAGAGGAAAAAACACUCCCAUUUUGAUUGAAUUCGUCACAUACUUGAAAAAGAAAUCUUUGUAUGGAAACUUAGAGAGAUUGAAGGACCUCAACAAAAAAGGGUACCCGAUCUCGAACGAUCUCACGAAAGAGGAAAAGGAAGCCCUGAAAACAUUGAAGGAUCACCAGAAACAAGCUAGAGAACAAAAUUUGGAUGCAAAAAUAAAAGGUCAAAAACUACUUAUAAAUGGAAAACCAUACUCAGUAGAAGAACUGGAAAACACAACGAGGAAAAACAGUCAUUGCGAAAAAUAUACACAGGACGACACUGAGAGUGGAUCUAAUAAAGAGGAGAAAGAAAAUAAAGAAGAAGAGAAGAAUCCAUCCAAGAAAAGGAAGAAAGAUAAAACAAAAACUACUCCAGUAUACACAAGAAUUCUUUCACAUCCGGUAGAAGAACGAAUCCCACCUGUUACAAGAAUAUCAGUGUGUAAUGUCAUUUAUCAUAGCAGUAACAACGAAAUUAAAAAACAAAACGAUGAAAUAAAAAGCGAGAUACAUAACAUUAGGAAAGAAUUGAAUAGUGAAAUCGAGGCGUUGAAAGAGGAAAACAUUGAGCUGAAGAAAAGUGUCGAAACUCUAGAAGAAAGAUUAUUGAUAAAUGAAAGAAAACAGAAAAAAUACAACUUGAUUGUUUAUGGAAUACAAGAAGAUGAAGAUGAAGUUCAUGAUAUUGAAAAUUUUUUAAACAUCAUAAACAAUAGGUGUGGAGUGGAGUGCAAGUUUCACGACCUUAGAGAUUGGUACAGGAUUGGUGUGUCGGGGCAGAAUACAGGAAGGCCUAGACCAAUAGUUGUGGAGCUCAUAUAUUAUAAGCAGAGAGCGUCUAUUUUAGAAAAAGCCUCAAAACUGAAGGGUAGCGGAAUAUAUAUCUCAAAAGACUACAUAAGAGGAGACUAUAAUAACAGGAAAAUCUUAGUCACACAUUUGAAAACAGCACGAAACAGCGAUCCCGAUGCUAAAAUUUCAAGAAAUAAACUCAUAGUCCAUGGCACUAGCUUUACAGCUGAACAAUUAGAAAAACAAUCUGACAAAAUCCCCCAAUACCUGGCGCAACAACAAAACGAACAAAAUCAAGAACAAAUCACGUUGAAUUCGAAAAGGAAAGAGCCACCCAGUAGCCCCACUGAUGUUCCACCGAAAAGAGUAACCAGACAAUUCAGCAAUUCGUCAAAAAAAUAA